CACACGCCGGGGCGGGCCGGGCCGAGCGGGGCUCCCAUCUCGGCUGCGCCGCGGGGUCCGGCGGUACCGGCUGCUCCGGCUCCCUCCGUCCCUCUCUCUCUCCGCCUGCCCGCCAUGUCCCCUGCCGCGGCAGCCCGGGGGCUGGCGCUGGCCGUGCUGCUGGUGCUGAGCCCGGCCGGGGCAGCCCGCCAGGCGCGGAGGCCCAACGUGGUGCUCAUCCUCACCGACGACCAGGACGUCUGCCUGGGCGGCAUGACGCCCCUCAAGAAGACCAACGCUCUCAUUGCGCAGAUGGGAAUAACCUUCCUAAAUGCAUACGUUCCCAGUGCCCUUUGCUGCCCCAGUCGAGCUAGCAUUUUAACAGGAAAAUAUCCACAUAAUCAUCAUGUUGUCAAUAACACUCUGGAAGGAAACUGUAGCAGCAAGCUCUGGCAGAAGAUUCAAGAACCCCACACCUUUCCAGCACUGCUGAAAACGAUGUGUGGUUAUCAAACGUUUUUUGCUGGAAAGUACUUGAAUGAGUACGGAGCAGAGGAUGCAGGAGGAGUAGGUCAUGUCCCUCCCGGUUGGAGUUUUUGGUAUGCUUUGGAGAAAAAUUCAAAGUACUACAACUACACUCUGUCAGUAAAUGGCAAGGCACGAAGGCAUGGUGAGAACUACAGUGUAGAUUAUCUGACAGAUGUACUGGCCAACAUGUCAUUGGACUUCUUGGAGUAUAAAUCUAAUUUCGAACCUUUCUUUAUGAUGGUCUCAACCCCAGCACCGCACUCCCCUUGGACAGCUGCCCCACAGUACACUAAGAGCUUUCAGAAUGUCAGUGCACCAAGAAACAGCAAUUUUAAUAUUCAUGGAAAGAACAAGCACUGGUUAAUUCGGCAAGCAAAGACUCCAAUGACUAACUCUUCGAUACAGUUUCUUGAUGAUGCUUAUAGAAAGAGGUGGCAAACUCUGCUGUCAGUAGAUGACCUGGUAGAGAAACUAGUGAAGAAACUGGAACUGAAUGGAGAACUGGACAACACAUACAUCUUUUACACAUCAGACAAUGGCUUCCACACUGGCCAGUUUUCUUUGCCAAUAGACAAACGGCAGCUCUAUGAGUUUGAUAUCAAAGUUCCAUUGCUAGUUCGAGGACCGGGGAUAAAACCGAAUCAGACAAACAAGAUGCUUGUUGCAAAUAUUGAUUUGGGUCCCACUAUUCUGGAUAUCGCGGGGUACGACUUGAAUAAGACCCAGAUGGAUGGGAUGUCACUGUUGCCACUGUUGAGAGGAGACAAAAAUGUGACAUGGAGGUCAGACUUCUUGGUGGAGUAUCAAGGAGAAGGAUACAAUGGCAGUGAUCCUACCUGUCCUGGCCUAGGACCUGGAGUCACGCACUGCUUCCCAGACUGUGUCUGUGAAGAUUCCUACAACAACACAUAUGCUUGUGUAAGGACGCUGUCAGCUUCCUGGGACCUGCAGUACUGUGAAUUUGAUGACCGGGAGGUGUUUGUGGAAGUGUAUAACUUGACUGCAGAUCCGCACCAGAUCAAUAACAUUGCUAAAACGAUUGAUCAAGAAAUUCUGGAGAAGAUGAACUAUCGGCUGAUGAUGCUGCAGUCCUGUUCGGGGGCUACCUGCCGUACACCGGGUGUCUUCGAUCCUGGGUACAGGUUUGACCCACGGCUCAUGUUCAACAAUCACGGCGUUCGAGCUCGGAGGUUUUCUGCACAGUCCUUGUAAGGCACUUAAGAGCCUCUUGCAAUCAGCUCCCACUGACCAGUUUCUCCAGUGACUGCAGGUCUGUCUCUGUAACUCUUGCUGAUCACAGCUGGAAGACUUCAUGGGCUUUUCAAACCCUGUUUGGAAGAAAACCCCUUGUCUUUAGCUGGUUGCCUUGUGCAAUAUGUAUAUUUUACAGCUGAACUGUAACUGAAUCGUUAGACACAGCUAAUCUGUCUUGCUCAGAUAGUUGAUUACCACCUUUGUCUUUCAAGUACCUUUUCAUAUCACAGACACAGAGGUGAACCUAUAUCUAUGAAUCUGAACAGUUUAUUUUGUUCUAAAAAUUAAUAAACGUGUAUUUGGGUCAGGUUAGAUGGGCAGGUGCUAUUGCACAGUAAUGCUCACCCAUAUUCAGUGUCAGAGUGUCAUUUCUUAAAAAGUAUAAUGUUUAAGUAUAGGUUUCCUGUAUCAAGCUCAAAGCUGUUAAUGACAAUAGCAAACUAGCCCAGAAUAGCGUAGGAAGGCAUGAGUCAAAACUGUAGGAUCUGACUAGCAAGUGUCUUGUGCAGAAUUAAAAUCCACAUGCUAAAUAUUCUCCUUCAACAAGACCACUUCAAAUGAGACCAGUGAAUUUUGUAGGACAGCUUUGGUAGCUUGCAAACAAGAACGUAAGGUCACAACCUCCUGCUAGUUUGAAAGGCUGGAAUGGGUUACUACAUACUACUGAAAAAACUCCUAGGAGUUUAAUAUAGGCUUCCUAGUGAGUUAAACAAGAGUAUUGAGACUAACAAGUAUUCAGAAAAGUGUGCCUGUGUUUUGAGCUAACUUCUAAGUCUGUUUUAAUACAUGAACAGAAGUAAUACUAAAAAAAAUACCUAAAAAAACCCCAAAAACCUGCCAGGGCACCACAAUAGAGUUGAUCUGUCUCUAAGCUCCAAACGUCUUGAAUUGUGUAACAUCUUAUGUUUAUUAGAUUUUUUGAAGGUAAGUCACUUUGAGAGCAAACUAGCAAAAAAUAAGUAAAUGAUUGCUCACUAGAAGUUAGGUUAGGAGGGCUGUUUUAGGCAGUUUAAGUGCUUCUUAGAGUGUUGCUUUUUGGAUGAGACAUAACUACUGAGAACCUGCAGUAAGUGGCCUUCACACCAAAGGACUGUGUGUCAGAUGUCUGGCUGCAGUACCUUAUCACUUGGUUUCCCGUUGGAAGGGUGAUGUGUUGUCUUUUCAACCUUCUGAUUAGGCUUAUCUGAAUUGUAGCUAUCACUUGCACCCAAACCUCUUUCUAAAUCUUUAAAGAUACCAAAGCUAUGCUUGCUAACCCAAGUUAGCAUAUAACUUCUGUAUAGCUUCAUUGGCAAAACAUUCUAGAAACACUGAGUUGUGUGUCUCUUGCAAGGCAAGUUCAUGUUGCUCAUGGGCAAGUAAACAGUGUUAUCUGGCAAGAUAAUUGGUCCCUUGUCAAACAAACUCUGGCACAACUAUUUAGUUUUCAGUUAGUUAUUUCAGAUCUUUUACCCAAACAGAGAGCAUGAUGAUGUCAACUUCUGUCACAUAAAACCUUCUAAGUAAUCAUUAAGUAGGCAACAACAUAUGGCUGGUUCAAAACUGUGAAGGUGCCCCAGGGCACAGAUGCACGAACUGGAUCCAAGCAGUGCUACAGUAAGAUCAGUGGAACCUUCUCAGCUUUUCAUUCUGAAGCACUGAAGUUGUCCUUCAUGUAGCUUAGAGUUGCAAACUCCUGUGGCAGGCUACAGGUUAGAUUUUACAGGGCUUUUGUAUCAAAUCUCAUCUAACCCAUGGUUUCAAGUCUCUGGAGUGACCAAAUAUUUGGAGGAAAAAAAAAAUCACUUGAGAGGUAACUUUUCAGCUGCAGCAUCUGUAUAAAUGCAGAGGGUUUUGGAUAUUCAGACUACUUACGUGCUUUCAGAUACUCAGGACUUAUUUUUUUCCUCCACUAAAACUGUAGCUUUAUCCUGUUUUAUUUUGUUGGGUUUUUUUGUUUGUUUCUCAAGCCUUAGUAUUGCCUGUCAACAUCCUCCAGGCUCUGCUUUGUCUUUAAAAACAAAACCAAAGUUGUUUUCAAGCUCUCAAGCAUUUUUGUGCACAUGAGCUAAACCUGAAGUUCAUUUAUGUAGUGUUUUGCUCAGAUAAUGUUAGAAACUUAGAUUUGUUCUUUGUACAAACUUUAUUUUGGUAGCUGUGUGGAGGCUAGUGUGAAAUACAUUGAUUGCUGCACAUUAAAUCCUCAACAGUUCUAUCGAAUCCAGGUCGUAUGUCAGGUUUUACUUCAGCUGUUUCUGUGCAAAUAACAUGUGUUAUGUGGCUGCUUAAUAGAAAAAAACAAACAACUAUGUUAUAGGUACAGAUGGAACACUGUCUUUUCUUAAAGUGAUCUAGAGCCAUAACAAGGAAAUUAUCUUUUGAAUUAUUUACUUCUUGCCUCAUAACAAAUACGAAAGUUGACAGAACUGAUACAGAUUGUUCAGUAUGUGUGACCAGAUGUUUUACUCCAAUUAACACUUCUGUAAAGCAUUUUGUAACUAGGCUCAAUAACUUAGUUGCUGUCAGAGAACCACACUAUGCCUGAAAUCUGUCAUAGGUAGUAGAUGUUGUUUUAAAUUGAAAUUCAGAAUUAAAUUAGUCCUAAAUUAAUCAGAAUAGGGGUUCAGGAAAAUACCUGCUUCACUCGCGCUUUUGGUAAAGACUUAAGAACUGAUCAGCAAAAGCAUGUAGUUGAAAGAAGAAAAGGAGCCAACAGCUGCCUGCCUUCCACUGCUUUUAGAGGAGUUUGUUGUCACUUGUCUGGUGACAUUUCCAUGAAACAGUUAAUUCUGAGAAUUUUUACAGCCUUGAAUGAACAGUGUUAAUUCUUAUCCUUGAUGAUUAAAAAAAAACAGAAUGAAGGAACUUUGAUUCUUACCCAGAGCUAAUUCCCAACUAAGUGAUUUUAAAACUAAAUAGUCUUCAUGGAUAUUUCAUUUCAUACACCAUAUAACUGUGGCUGUACAUGUACCUUGGCCAUUGAAGGCAUUUGGGUUAAAUGAAAGGGCCUUACAGUACAGAGUUGGCUUUAAGUAAAAUGUGAUUUUUAUUUCUUAUUUUAAAAGUAUUAUCAAAAACAGAGCUGUGAAUUUUAAUUAUCUAAUCUCAUAAAGUAGAUAACAUACAGGGAGAAAUACAAUUAAAACUUUAUUACAUUAUCCUAAACCAAAAACCACUCAGUAUCAUCACUUCAGCAUAAAUGAACAUAGCUAUUACAUGCUUACCCAGCACUGGGCUGCUUCAUUUUGAGGAAUAAAACUGUAAUAGGGACACAUAAUAUGCAAACACACACCCAAAGCAGGUAUGAUACCCUUUCAGUUUAAGGUUGAUUCUACAAGAUAAAUAUAUUUCAUCAUAAUGAAACAACUGUCAUUUAUUGUGAUUCAAUUAUAAUGAAUUUGAUUUGUAUUUCUCUCUCUCUCUCUCUCUGUAUGUGAGCAUACUUUGCUGUAGCAUGUUUUGAGUGUACUUAACUUCUGCUGUUCUGAACAUUGGUUUAGAAAGUGCCCUUCCGGAGGACCCUGUUCACUGCUGCACUUUUGGGGAAAAGAAAAAAAUAAACUGCCUAUCAAAAUUUG